AUGCUUAAAACUAAUCUUGAAAAACAAUAUGUAGGAUUAGGAAAUGCCUACUACAUUUGUGGAUAUAGUCAAAACAGUAUCAAUCCUGUAAAGAUAUGCUUUAUUUUUCAUUGCAUUUUUGCUAACCAUGACAAGAUUGACAUGUGGGUUGUACAAGUAUCUAAAACCAUUAUCUAUGCAAUUGUACUUGUGUAUAUGAAAGAGAAAAGGAGAGUUUUGAUCGAUGGUAAAUAUUUGACCUGUGUUACCGAUGUAUUGAUAUCUUCUCUUUACUUCUUUAACUAUGUACCUCUUUACUAUCCUCUCCACCAGUACGUACCGAUUCUUUACAGAAAAUACUCAAAUUUUUGA